AUGGCGCGCUACUACCCAAGAUUGUUUUGCAGUGAAAUUAUAUUGGCAAGGGUGGCCGAGAUUCUUGAUGUGGAGCAUUCUAAUGAAGCUCAUCAAGCUGGUUCGAACAGUUUGUUGAUUGCUAAUGUGUUUUCCAAGAUGAACACAAUUGCAGCUAGGAUGUCUCAAGGUUGUUUGUAUGGAAUUACCCCAACAAUCGUAAGAGCACCUCUUGUGGUUAUUCAUAUGCCUUCCUCUUGGGCUUCUCCCCAGCGAUAUUGGCAACCCCUACAAGCUCAUGUGGUUGUUGCUCCUAUGAUCCUCCAUCGCUGA